AUGCUCUCAAGUCAGAACGCUAGGAAAUUAUACCAAAGCCGCACUUUUCAGUCCACAACAGCGUUCGAGAAAUGGACCAGUCUAGAUCUACAACCUCCAGUUCUACAGUCAAAAGUGCUGGAGACACAUCCCCCAUGCUUCAAGACUAUCUUGGAAACUCGCGGACCAUCACAGAGAAGCUUUAUAGUAGCUCUAAGAGAGGCGGCAAAACUACAAAGAAUGUUCAGGUGA